AGACCCUGCCGGGCAAAAGCUGUUGAUGCCGGCACCUAAUCUCAGUGGAUUCAGUGCGAGUCUGGGAGGUGCGUCAAGAGGUGUUGCCAAACAUUGUAUAUUUCCAUUCCCCUGUUAUAUAACGGCCAUGGCUUUGGUGUGCGUGGAGGACUUUGAGAAGAAGGCUGCCGGACAACUGGAGAAGAAUGCCCUGGACUACUACCGCAGCGGCGCCGGUGAGCAGUUUACUUUGGGACUGAAUCGCGAGGCCUUCCGGCGGCUACGUUUGCGGCCUCGCUGUCUGAGAGAUGUCUCCAGCCUGGACAUUAGUUGCAAAAUCUUCGGAGAGCAGAUGAAGUGGCCUCUGGGCAUAGCUCCCACGGCUAUGCAGAAGAUGGCACAUUCGGAGGGCGAGGUAGGCAAUGCCAGGGCGGCCGGAAAAGCCGGCUCCAUCUUUAUACUCAGCACACUGUCCACCACUUCGCUGGAGGAUUUGGCAAAUGGUGCUCCGGACACCAUCAAAUGGUUCCAACUAUACAUCUACAAGGAUCGUACCAUCACGGAAAAACUGGUGCGCCGUGCCGAGAAGGCAAACUUCAAGGCGCUCGUCCUGACUAUCGAUGCCCCUAUUUUUGGACACCGUCGAGCCGAUGUGCGCAACAACUUCAGCCUACCAUCGCACCUGACAUUGGCCAAUUUCCAGGGUAUUAAGGCUACUGGAGUAGGGAAUGCCGCAAUGGGCGCCUCAGGCAUAAAUGCGUACGUCUCUAGCCAGUUUGAUCCAACCAUCACCUGGAAGGAUAUUGCCUGGCUGAAGAGUAUCACUCAUCUGCCCAUUGUGGUGAAGGGAGUUCUGACUGCCGAAGAUGCUGUGUUGGCCCAGGAGUUUGGAUGCGCCGGACUCAUUGUUUCCAACCACGGAGCCCGCCAAAUCGACACGGUUCCGGCCUCGAUCGAAGCCCUGCCGGAGAUCGUGAAGGCCGUGGGAGAGAAUCUGGUGGUUAUGCUGGACGGAGGCAUCAUGCAGGGCAAUGAUAUCUUCAAGGCUUUGGCUCUCGGGGCAAAAACUGUCUUUGUGGGUCGUCCAGCUGUCUGGGGUUUGGCCUACAAUGGACAGAAGGGCGUGGAAGAGAUGCUGAGUGUGUUGAGAAAAGACUUUGAGAUCACCAUGGCACUGAUUGGUUGCCAAACUUUGGGAGACAUCACGUCGGCAAUGGUGGUGCAUGAGAGUCAAUAUGCCAAGCUAUAAAUCAGAAACGUUUUAGUGUAAAUUAAAAAAACUUAUCAAACUUGCUUUUAUAAAUUAACAAACAUGUCAAUAAAAAUAAACUUAAAACA